AUGCACGAAGCGUGUCAUGAUAGAAAUGGCAGCCGGCAGGCCCUCUCAGUCUUGUUUGGCCCGCAGGGUACGGUAACACCCAAGUCAAUGCUAGAAAUCCGCACGUUACUACAAGAGAAUCCAGGCUUGGACUUCCUUUCAAAAACGAUAUCAGAUCUCCCAGAGCUAUGGCCCGCAAUUGUAGAGGUUCUGCCACAACUUUGCAAACUCCCGGCCAAGGAGAAAUUGGCAGAGCUCUGCCAAUUCUUCCAAGGAGGCCCAGUCCCGACCUUCACCGAACCCACCAACAACCUGCUCUUGAGCCCAUUGGGUGUCAUUUCUCAGACGAUCGAUUUCUGGAAGCUCAGCCAUGGGCUCGACAAUAGACUAUCUAUCGGGUCUCAGCUAGCAGACGUUCAGGGUUUCUGUCUCGGCUUCUUGACCGCGACGGCUAUCUCAUGCUCGAAUAAUGAAGCGGAAUUCCAGAUGCUGGCUUCGAAAGCUGUACGGCUAGCUUUGUGCACUGGAGCCCUGGUUGAUGUGGAAUCACUCAACUCUUCGAAUGGACAUGACUGUUCGUCGACUAUUGCAGUUCGACGGAAGUCUCCUGCACAGUCACAGCAUCUGGAUAAUGCUUUGAAGGCCUAUCCUAGGGCAUACAUCUCCUGUAUCACAGAUUCAAAAACUGUGACCGUCACCAUCCCAGAAUCCGAGUUGGCCCCCUUUAUGGCAGAUCUAGCGAAGCAGAAUCUGCUCUCGAUGCCGCUUCCACCACGAGGGCGAUGGCAUAACCGAGAUAAUCUCGAGGGUCUACGGGCCAUCUCGACCCUUUGUGAUCGCGAUGAACGAUUCAGACUCCCAGACGCAGACGCGUUGAAUAGUGCUCUCCUAUCCAACAUCACAGGGGAAACAAUCACCAAAGGCGCGUUACAUAACAUCGCCCUCCACUCCAUCCUGACCGACCAAUCACGAUGGGAUUUGAUGUUCGACACUUUUUUCAGCGCGAUGAAAACGCGAAAUGUCGACUAUCGCUAUAUCAACAUUGGAGAAACAGUCAAUGUCCCACGAGUCGCCAACGCGACGUCUGCUGCUGGACGAGAAGCUCCUGUAAACCACCAUGGAGAGAACCAUGGAACUCAUGGCGGAAACCAUGCAGACGCUCAUGUAUCUUCAUCCACCCAACAGUCGAUCCCGAAAGGGCUCGAUUUGGAGGACAUCGACCUGAUUCCCGAGUCUGCGAUUGCGGUGAUCGGUAUGGCCUGCAGGUAUCCUGAUGCCGACUCUAUCGAGGAGUUUUGGGACCUGAUCAGUGCUGGAAAAUGUGUUAUAAGACAAAUGCCCGAAGACCGGUUCAAGCCAUCAGAACUCGUUCGUGAACCAAAGGGCCCCUUCUGGGGAGGUUACGUUCGGCGGCUGGAUCUAUUUGAUCACCGUUUCUUCGGUAUUUCUGGGCGAGAAGCAAAAUCUAUGGAUCCUCAGCAAAGGCUAUGUCUUCAGGUUGCCUACGAAGCUAUGGAAUCUGCUGGAUAUUAUGGACUUCACUCCGACGGGUUCGAUGAGGAAGUCGGAUGCUACAUUGGUUCAGCUAACGAUGAUUAUUUUGAUAACGUUUCUUCACACCCGGUAAACGCAUUCUCGCUUACAGGGACUCUAAGAUCGUUCAUUAGCGGUCGUGUCAGUCAUUGCCUGGGUUGGACAGGACCCUCAGUGGUAAUGGACACGGCAUGUUCUGCUGCGAUGGUCGCUAUCCAUGCUGCAUGCCAGGCGCUCCAAACAAAAGAUUGCUCUGUCGCGGUAGCUGGGGGAACAUGUUCCAUGUCUAGUUCCAGGAUGACCCAAAAUCUGAUUGGUGCCGGUUUCCUCAGCCCAACAGGGGCAUCCAAGGCAUUCGACGUAGAUGCCAAUGGUUAUUGUCGUGCUGAAGGGGCAGGUAUCGUUGUGCUCAAGUCCCUGAGAGACGCAGUGCGAAACGGUGAUUUUGUACUGGGGGUUAUCACCGGAUCUGCUGUGAACCAAGGGAGAAACGAUACCGCUAUCAUCGUGCCCGAUGGGCCCUCCCAAUACUCCCUUUAUCAGAAAGCCUUGGCCAGAUCGGGGACGGCUGCUAAGGAUGUAACUUAUGUGGAAGCACAUGGUACUGGCACCCAAGUCGGAGACCCCAUUGAGUUCAAGAGCAUCCGAGAGACAUUUGGUAGCCCUCACCGGAAAGAUGACGUCUACGUCGGCUCAGUGAAAGAUAACAUUGGCCAUACUGAAGCGUCUUCGGGAGUCGCGUCGCUGAUAAAGACGAUCCUGAUGUUUCAGCACCAGACCAUACCCAAGCUGGCCAAUUUUAAGCAACUUAAUCCAAAAAUUGAGCCACUGGGGAAAGAUCACGUUCUGAUACCAACACAAUCGAGAGAGUGGAAAGCUACCAAACGCAUAGCGUUGAUCAACAAUUAUGGCGCUGGAGGGAACAAUGCUGCUUUGGUUGUCGAGGAACGAUCGGUCUCUCCUAAAGCCCGUACCCAGUUGUCUCACUUCCCUAUAUUUGUCUCCGGGAAGACGGCUGAAGCAGUUCGAUCCUACUGCGAUGUUCUCAGGACAUCUUUAAGUGGGAAAGAUCUGGCCGAUAUUGCUUACAAUCUGGCUAUAAAACAAAACAGAACCUUCGAAAACUGGGUAGUACUUACCAGCACUAGCGUUCAAGAACUUUCAAAUCAACUUGAGCAGGCUGCAUCCGGCACUAUUGAGCUCCAGAAGAUCCCAACCCAUAAACCAUCCGUUGUCCUUUGUUUUGGUGGCCAAGACGGAAGGAUAGCACAUAUUUUGAAGGAUUUGUACGAUAAUAGUCUGCUUCUACGGGGCCAUUUAGAUGAAUGCGAGUCUGUCCUCACAGGAGAGCUUUCUCUGCCUAGCCUAUUCCCAACAAUAUUUGAUCCUACACCAAUUAAUGAUAUUGUUACAUUGCAUUGUGUCCUCUUUGCGAUUCAAUAUGCGUGCGCCAAGUCAUGGCUGGACUCUGGCUUGAAGGUCGAUAGACUCAUUGGACACAGUUUUGGCCAACUAACUGCUCUCUGUGUGGCCGGGUCGCUCUCCCUUGUCGAUACACUUAGGCUCAUUUCGGGACGUGCCAGGCUAGUGGAGACGCACUGCGGUCCUGAGAACGGGAUUAUGUUAGUAGUUGAGGGUGAGGGAUCAGACGUGGAUUGCCUUCUUGAUCUUGCUCAAAAACAGACUCAGCACUUUGCGGCUGAUACUGCAUGCUAUAACGGACCUCGCAGCUUUGUCAUCGCCGGCGAUGAAGCAUCCAUCCAGGCCAUCGAGAAAGCUUCAACAAGCCUUUCAGCAAGCCUCCGGCUCAAACGCCUGGAAAACAGCCAUGCUUUCCACUCUCGGACGCUUGAUACCAUAAUUCCUGAUUUCCUUAAGGAGGCUAGUGAACUUCCUUUUGAGACUCCUGUGAUUCCUAUCGAAGCAUGCUCUAAUGAUGAUGACUGGUCCAAAAUCACCGCAGAGAAGAUUGUACGGCACACCCGUAUGCCUGUCCACUUCAUGGAUGCCGUUAGAAGAGUUGAAAAGCAACUUAAUGGUCCUAUAAUAUGGCUUGAAGCAGGGUCAGGGUCGCCAAUCGUACCUAUGAUCAAGAGAGCUGUCAGUUCAACCCAUCAACAUACGUAUAUCCCCACCGCUCUUCAAAAAUCGGACGCCCUAGCCAACCUCGCAAAGGCCGUCUGUCGUCUAUGGUCGAACGGUGUUAGAGCACAGUUCUGGUCAUUCCACCGUUCCCAGCACACAUCAUACAAUUGGAUCAACCUGCCUCCAUAUCAAUUUGCAAAGAUAAGCCAUUGGGUGGAGUAUAAGCCUAGAGUAUCGGUCGUUGAAACGUCUGCUGCUGCCGCUGCGCCUGCAAACCCGAACCCGGAACUAGUUACAUUGCUUCCAAAUCAAACUGGUCAAGGCGAAACUCUUUUCGAGAUAAACCCCAAUCAUGAGCUGUACCAGCUUAAUACUAAAGGACAUGAAGUUGUUGACCAAACUCUCGUCCCAGCUUCAUUGUAUAACGAAUUCGUCCUCACGGCCUCUCAUAUGCUGUCCAAUGCAGAAACUGGUUAUGUACCGCACAUAUCUAACUUGGCAAUGCUCUCGCCUUUGGUGGUCAAUCCGGUUGGACGGGUGCUUUUGAAACUGGUGGAGAAUAAAUCGCGAUCAGGAUCAUGGGAUUUCACGCUCUUUUCUCUAGUCGAAAAUUCCAAUCCACUGACUCAUGGCACAGGAUGCAUCACGAUUUCGAAUCCUAGUGUUCCAGUGUCCAUCAGCCAUUUCCAGGCCCUUCAGAGCCUUAUGCUUCACCGGUGCAAGGAAAUCGAAAGCUCUCCCAUGUCCAUUGGUUUCAAGGGUCCUACUGCUUAUCAGGCUAUGCGCCGGGUAGUAACCUACCUUGAUUACUAUCAUGGUAUCCAAAGCAUCUAUAAUCACGGCAAUGAGGCUACCGCUCGAAUCACUCUACCACCUGUGCGACCAAAAGGCAUGGGAGUCGGUUUCUGCGAUCCGGUCCUGGUCGACAGCUUUACUCAAGUCUCCGGAAUACUUGCCAACUGCUUUUCUCUUCCUGAAGACGGCGAGAUGUGGGUAUGCAACUACAUUAGCGACGUAGUCUUCACCCAACGAUUUGUUGAAAGUGCGAGGGAGGAGAAUAAGACUUGGGUUGCUUACUCCAAGUUCGACAUACCAACUCCCAAGAGGCUGAAAUGCAAUAUUUUUGCUUUUGAACCUGAAACCGGAGAUAUUGUUCUCACCAUCAUGUCGAUUGAGUUUCAAAAAGUUUCGAUCAAGUCAUUAAGGAAGGUCCUUGGAAAGCUGAAUAGCCAGCCAGCUCCCAUUCAGAAGAGUGCUAUCCAAACAACCCCAAUACAGACAGCUCCCGUCCAAUAUGCCCCUACCAAUGUCAGCUCCAAUCACACAGGAACAACCUUCGUAUCUAAUGCUACCGUGGCCCCUGCACCUACAUCCAGGCAAACGCCGACGCAAAUACCAAGCGGGUCAGCUGAUACAACCGGGAAUCACCUAGGAUCAUUACAGAAGGUUAAAGAAAUGUUGAAAGACAUUCUUGAAAUCCCUCUUGAAGAGAUCACAACGAAUGCUGCUCUCGAAGAUCUUGGUGUUGAUUCUCUGCUUGCCACGGAACUCUUCUCGGAAAUUAAUAAGCGGUUUGGCCUUUCAAUAUCACACUCUGAUUUUGCCACUAUUACUGAUGUCUGGGGGCUCUCUCAACUCAUACCAGGAGGAAAUGAAAUACCAAUUUCUAGUACUCCUUCAACUUCAAUUCCAACUCCCCAAUCCAGCCCCACGCCCGCUAUAAUUCCACAUAAGCCCGUGCAGGUGGCACACCAGCCAGUGGGUCACCAACCGGUGGAUAAAGUUAAGGAGAUGUUGGUUGAAGUUUUAGAAAUUCCGAUUGAAGAAAUUGCGCCAAAUUCAAUUCUUGAAGAUCUUGGGGUAGAUUCUCUACUAGCUACAGAGCUCUUUUCAGAAGUCAACAAGAGAUUUGGUGUAUCAAUCUCGCACACGGAAUUUGCCACCAUAACCGACGUUCAAGGCCUCGCUCAACUUGUCUCAGGGUCUAAUCCGCCUCCAGCUUCUACAUCAACAAAUCAAACCACUAGUGUUUCUGCUCCAAAGCCCACUAGCUGUUCGACUCAACUUGAUAUAGAAACCGUUGUGUUCGCUGAACGAGAUGGAACUCCCCUAUCUGCCGAUAUAUAUUAUCCUCAGGGCCUUUCUGAGACCCAAAAGGUUCUUCCAGUUGCUCUUAUGAUUCAUGGUGGCGGACACGUCAUAUCCACCCGGAGAGAUAUCCGCGAUGACCAGACUCAGAUCCUACUAAACGCUGGCUUUCUGCCGGUGAGCGUUGAUUACAGACUGUGUCCUGAAGCCACAAUCCACGAAGGAGCAAUGCAAGACGUCCGCGACGCUUUCUGCUGGGCACGAAAGACACUACCCACCCUAUCCCUCAGCCGACCCGAUAUUCGACCAGAUGGAGACAGGGUUGUAGCUGUGGGCUGGUCAUCUGGUGGGCAUCUUGCCAUUUCUCUAGGAUGGACUGUGCCAUCACUAGGAAUCAAGCCUCCAGAGGCAAUUCUAGGAUUUUACAGUCCAAGCGAUUACGAAGACCCCUUCUGGGCCUCGCCUAAUCUACCGUUUGGUCAGAAGCCCACCCCACCGCCCGAACCCGGAUACAACUUUUUAUACGACGGACUUCAGGACAAGCCUAUCAUUGGAUAUACUCCUCAGGCAUCCAAGCGUGCGUUGGGUGGUUGGAUGUCGCUCGAGGAUCCGCGUUGCCGAAUUAUUCUUCACAUGAACUGGGAGGGUAAGAGCUUGCCCGUACUCAUCAACGGACUUAGACGCACUGGUACGAAUUCCGUGACAAAUCCUCCAUUCCCGUCCGUUGAGCAGAUCCAGGCAGUCAGUCCUCUGGCACAGAUGCGAGCGGGCAAUUACAAGACGCCAACCUUCUUCAUACAUGGAACCCGCGAUGAUCUUGUUCCUUGGCAGGCGUCUCAGAGAUGCUAUGAAGCCCUUCGUGAGAGAGGCAUUCCUACCGGACUAGUCCUUCUGAAGGAUGCGUUGCAUUUGUUCGACCUGUAUCCAUCGAGUAAGAAGAAUCCGGUCGCUGUAAAGGGGGUGAAGGAUGGUUAUGAUUUCCUCAGUGCGCAUAUAUAG